AUGGAAUUGGGAUUUCUCAGACCAAUGCAGAGAGUCACUAUUCCUCAGCAGACGCCAGAUCAAAGUCAUAGAACUACGAGGAGCUGUGCUGUCCCACCUGGCGAACGUCAGGAUAACAUAGCGCGAGGUGCUCGAGCCCUUAAGCUUUUUGGCUCCGAAGACAAUCCCUAUGUUACAAGUGCAGGGCUGUUCAUCUAUAGGGAUCCUAUGAAGGUUGAGGGGAGACUUCUUCCGCCUCCUAAACUGAAAUAUCGCGAUGAAACAGCUACCGUAAGAGACGGAAAAUGGAGAACUCCUCGUGGACACCUCUUAAUACCGGCUGAGUGCGAUGUGUGGGCUGUUUACGCAUUGGUGGCUAGUCAAAACAAAGUCAAUAUACAAAAGUUGAUUGUUGCAUUUGCCGAAAUUUUCUUCAAGGAGGCUUCCAAUCGUGGAAUACGGAUGACGCCCCCAUCUGAAAUUCAGCUAUGCUUCCGCUCAUCUUAA